CCAAUUACAGGUCGGCAUGUUCUGUCUCAGGAUGACUUCAUGUCUGUUGUCCCUCCUCUUCUUCUUCCCUUUGGUGUCCUCCAUCAUGGCUGCCGCCCAACCUGCUGGCUGCAAAAUCCGCAUCACUGACAAAGGACUGGAGAUGUUGAAAUUUGAGACUCAGAAGUUUGUUCAAGAGGAGCUCGGUAACAUCAGUAUGCCAGAGAUGAAUGGCAUCGAAGGACGCUUCCAAUACAACAUCACUGAUGUGAAGAUAAAAGAGUUGAAUCUUACUCAUGCUGACCUCCAAUUCAUCCCUGAAGUUGGUUUGUUGUUCGAUGUUCAGAACUCAUCGAUAUCACUGAGUUUCCACCGACGGAUCCUCUACUGGUUCUUAACCAACCCAACCAGUUUAACCAGUUUUAAAGGUCAGUUACUUAAGAAUCCAAACAUCAACAGCUGUUUUCAUUUUCAUUCUGUUCUGCAGGAAACAAAGUUUAACGCCAAAGUUUCUAUGACGGGAAAACGUCUGGCUAUUCAUGCUGACCUCCGCAGGUUUAAAAUCUUCUCCAAUCAAUCCGCACUGGAAUCUCUGGCACUGAUUCCUCUGCAGGUUCCUCUGAAGACCAUGUUGCAGAUGUCUGUGGUUCCUUUAAUCAACAACUGGACAAAGAGAGGAGUUCGGAUUCCUCUAGCUGAUGGGAUGGAUUUCAUUGAGGAGGUUGUUGAAUAUCACAAUGGUUUCAUCGUGAUCGGAGCCAAUCUUCAGUUCAGCAAAGGACUGAGAGAAAUGAUUGCAGGGAACACCGAGACAGAGCCAGAGACCACCACCGUCUAAAUAUAUAUAGGAAUAAACAGUAUAUACAUAUACACACACAAUGUAAAUAUAUAUUACACUAUGCGAACAUCUAUAAAAAUAUGUUAAUAUAUACAAUCACAUCAGCAAAUGACAGAGAAAUGACGACAGGGAAGAUCGAGGGAGCCAGACAUCACCUCCUAUUAUAUAUAUAUAUAUAUAUAUAUAUAUAUAUAUUUAUAAAAACACACAUACACACUGGUAUGUAGAAUAUACUGUAUAUAUAUUGUGGCAUACAACACUGUCAAUAUGUGAAAGACUGUAGUACAUCUACUGCAUAAAUAUUAGUUAUUAGUUAUAUUUGCAUUAGUUUUAAAUACACUGAGGAGGUAUAACACUGAAUCACAACAUCAUGUAGUAUAACACCGCUGUGUUCCCCUCCAGGGGGCGUGGCCUCACCAAGUGGGUCAUUCCGUGAACUGAGACGGUGCGUUCAGGUGCACUGACAUAAAUCCAAUAUCUGCCCAUUUAAUCCCAGUGUUAAACUGGGACCAGUGUGAUGAAUACUGAAUGAACAGGUUGUAAUGUCAGACCUGAACUCAUGAUGGACAGCUGUCAGUUAGUGCUGCAGGGUUCAGUCUUACCACACAGCCCUUCACUGUGGGACAACAUUAAAUCACAUGGACCUUUGUUGCUUUGUGGAUCCUGGAAAUCUCUCUGUUAACAUUCAGAGUGUUGUAUAAAAACUCAUUGUGUGAAUCUCUGAGCUGAAUUUCAAAACACUUCUUUACAUCCAUUUUUAUUUAGUGUGUUUCUUUCACCUUUAACCAACAUCAGUGUACUGGUGUGAAAUAUGUCACCUGUGUGGUUACGCACAUACGUGUUGUCCUCUUAUCAGACAAACAAAACCAACCUGUUGUCAUUCCCGGGCGCCGCAUACGGACGCUUUGUCAGACCCCUUGGUAUCAUUUUUUGCCGCCCCAAGUACCUUUAGUGUUGUUUUUGCACAUGACGCACGAAACGUCCAGUUAGACUUUCAAAAUAAAGCUAAUGGUUAAUGUAGCAGUUUGAUUAAGUUUAGGCAGCAGAACUACUUAGGUUUAGGAAAAGAUCAUGGUUUGGGUCAAAAUAAGUACUUUACUUACGUCACUUAAAUUAGCAUCACUAAACAAGAGACAACUGGGAAAUGUGGUUAAUGUUGGGGAAAGAUGGCGUCAGAUGACCGUAAAUUAAGAGUUGCUUACCAUAUUUAUCAUGCUGUGUGUGUGCUGGCUCUAACCAGAAUCACAACAGGAAAUAUGAAGUAUUAAAAAUAAUCCUGAACAUGUAUAACACAUCGAUUUAGUGUUGUGGUGAAAUUACAGUAAACCAGUGUGAACCAGACUGUUAGUGAGUCAAACAUGUUAAAGUCAUUGCACAAAGCUGAAUUUUCAAAUGUUCAUUUCCCUGUAAGCUGGACUGUAACCAUGGAAACAUGACAUACAGACAUAAACAAGCAGAUAAAGGUGAGCGUGUAGGUGGAGUCAGGCCUGCAGGUGGCGCCCCCUUCAACCUGUCCACACCAACAGGAGCUCACCUGUCUGAUUACAACACCUGAACGUGUUCACUGCAGGAUCACGUGGGAUCCCUCCUGGGCUAGUCUGGGUUACUACAUAAAUAAAAACCUAAACUGUUGCAACAAACUGAUGAAAAUGAUUCAGAAAUAAAUAGACCAUGAUGCUGAUUUGUUAAAAGUCUGACUUCAUGUUUGGUCAGGUCUGUAUGGCAAAGACGACAAGAAAACAAAAUUUUGAUUGUUUUCUGAAUGGAGUUUGGCUCAAUCAGGGCUAUGCUAACUUGUUCACACUAAAGUACAUCAACAGCUGGAAUCAAGUAACAGAUAUUUACAGAAUUUACCAGGUAGUUCAGCUUCUUUACUUCCCUUCCUCCUGUGUCAUGAGGCCCAGCUGUAUUCUCAGGUCAUACACAGAGCGGGAGUCAUUACAUAGGUGGUUUUUAUUUUAUUAGUUCAUUAAAUACAAACUCAGACAGAAA